AUGACACUGCGUUUCCCACCCCAUAUGCUCUCCGUAGAAACUCCUGAGGGGAACUACGCUGUCUUGGAUGAACUUUUACUUUGGACUGUGCUGUCUGUUGCUGCACGGGUGUUCUCUAGUGGCCCCGCGCCGGGGCUGCUGUCCGUGGCCGAGCCCGGGCUCCUUGCAGCGGCUUUUCUCGGCGCGGAGCACAGGCUCUCGAGCACACGGGCUUUAGUGGUUGUGGCGCGGGGGCUUACUUCCCCCAUCAUGUGUGAGGUCUCCCGGGACCAAGGAUCGAAUCUGUGUCCCCUCCACUGGCCGGCAGAUUCUUAUCCACUGUGUCACCAGGGAAGUCCUCCCCUGCCCUUUUCAAUUUUUGUUUUAUUUUUUGAACUUCCCAGGGGUAUCUCCUCAGCCUCCUGUCCUUUGACACCCCAGGGCUUCCUUGUGGGCCAUUUUCCGCUCAGCUUUCACCUCCUUACCGUCAGAGAGAUGCACCCCCAGUUCCUGGAGCUCUGUUCUGUCUCCUACUGA